AGGUGAGCAGUCACCUACAGACGAGCCAAGAAGCAGCCACAUAUCAAACAUCAUGGCGCUAUGCGUGAGGUGGCAUGUGCGAGAUGUUGUUUUAAUACUUUGCCUUAUACUAGCCUGCUGUCUUCAAAUUGAAACUAAGAAAGUAAGCGGACGAGACCUCAUCGAGGAUGUUGUUGACAUAAAGCAGCACAAGAAGCUUCUUCGCACGAAAAAGAAUGUUCUUAUCCUGUACACGAAAAACGCUAAGGAGGCAGCUGAGCCACUACGAAUAUCCAGUGAUGUUGCGUUGGAACUCAAAGGCCAAGCCACUUUGGCACAUGUUGAUUGCGCAGGGGAGGGAAAGAAGCUUUGUAAGAAGCUUAAAAUAGCACCUGAAACUGCAAUAUUGAAACACUACAAAGAUGGGGAGUUUCACAAGGACUAUGACCGGAAGCUGACAGUCACGUCCAUGUCUAACUUCCUAAAGGACCCUACAGGCGACAUACCUUGGGAAGAGGAAGAAGACAGUGCCGACGUCUACCACAUUGCUACAAUUGAGGAACUGAAGAGGCUAUUCCAGAAAGAAACUUCACCUGUUCUCAUCAUGUUCUAUGCUCCUUGGUGUACAUUCUGCAAGAGACUGAAACCAGACUAUGCAAAGGCUGCUACAGAGCUCAAGGGUCACUCGGUGCUGGCUGCUAUGGACUUGAACAGGCCUGAAAACACAGCUAUUCGCCGACACUACAACAUCACGGGUUUCCCAACGCUCCUGUAUUUUGUGUCUGGAACAUUAAAACAUCGCUAUGAAGGUGAAAACAACAAGGAUGCCAUCAUCAAGUUUAUGAAAAACCCGCAGCAGCAAAACAAGAAGCCAAAGGAGCAAGCUUGGUCAGAUGAACCAAGCGAUGUUGUUCACUUGACUGAAGAGACAUUCGAGCCAACGCUGCAAAAAAAUCCUUCCGUUCUUGUCAUGUUCUAUGCACCCUGGUGUGGUCACUGCAAGAAGAUGAAACCGGAAUAUGUAACGGCUGCUGCUACACUUAAAAGCGAAGGGGUGGCAGGUAUCCUGGCUGCUGUUGACGCAACCAAAGAAAAAUCGCUUGGCUCCCAAUUUAACGUUAGUGGCUACCCAACCGUCAAGUACUUUGAGAACGGCGCUUUUGCCUACGAUGUGAAUGUCAGGGUGGCUUCAAAGAUUGUGGAAUUCAUGAAAGAUCCCAAGGAGCCCCCUCCACCCCCACCCCCCGAGCAGCCAUGGAGCCAGGUGGAGAGCGAGGUGGUCCACCUUGAUGAGGAGACGUUCAAGCCAUUCUUAAAGCGCAAGAAGCAUGCCCUGGUUAUGUUUUACGCACCAUGGUGUGUUCACUGCAAGAGAGCCAAGCCUGAAUUCCAGUCUGCAGCAGAAGAGCUUAAAGAUGACCCCAAGGUGGCUCUUGCAGCAGUCGACUGCACAGAGCACAGUGGUGUCUGCAAUGCCUACGAUGUGGCUGGCUAUCCCACAUUCAAGUACUUCAGUUAUCUCAAGACUGUAUCUGAAUACACCAAGGGAAAGACGAAAGCAGAUUUUGUCAGCUUCCUUCGAGACCAGAGUGGUACAACGGCUGACCCCACACCUGCGGUCACGCCACCUGCAACACCAAAACCAAAGCCAAAAUCUUGGUGGGAUGACUUGCCCGGAGGCAACCAUGUGCAUUUGCUAAAGUCUGGGGACUUUCAGUCAUACCUUGAUGGCCAGGAAUCUGUACUGGUGAUGUUUUACGCUCCAUGGUGCAAGUUUAGCCAAGAACUGAAGCCAACUUUUGCUGCAGCUGCUUUACAGUUGUACACUGAGCAAGUAUCAGGAAAGCUAGCAGCAGUUGAUGCAUCGGAAGAGAAGACCCUUGCCUCCAAGUGGAAAGUUAACAGUCUUCCCACACUCAAGUAUUUCAGGCGCGGAAAACUUGUAGCUGACUAUGACAAGGGAAAGAACACUGUUGAGAACUUGGUCGCAUAUCUUAAGAGCCCUCCCACUGCAACCAAGAAAACAGAGUUAUGAGAUGACUUCCUAUCGCUGGCACCAAUCGUGAUCCUGGCCAGACUGUCUGAAGGAACAUAAUAUACUCCCGUUUCUCUUGACCAUUCAGCUCAACGUUGCAGCAGCAGUUCCUGCGAUCAUUUGCACCUUGUAUUAUCCAGGAGGCCAUAUUUGUCACACGCAAAAGGUAUUUCGGAGGACCGUGCUACAUGCAAUGGAAUUCCAGCCAGAAUGCAGUCUGGUACUGUAAGCCCAGUGAAUGUAUCUUCAUGUUAUUCAUUUUUUGUAGGCUUGUUGUGACAGAUUUUCAGCACCAUGGUGAUCUGAAACCCAGGGUAGCCAUUUUGACUUUGUUUCCACUGCAGUCUUUUUAACGCAGUGACAGUUCAGCAUUGGCUGUGUAGAUACCAGAUACCGAGCAACUCACUUCUAAGAUUUUCACUUUUUGAGCAGUACUCUUGUCCGACACUAAUAACGAUCACUGCCCUGGAAUACACUUACCUGUACAGAGCCAUAGCUUUUUUGUCAGCUUCGCACUGAUGGAAGCACUAGUGGCCGGAAUCUGUAAUUCACAUAACUCUAGAAAGGUACACCACAAGGCAUCUGAAAUUUUCUAUAAAUCUGAGGUGCUCAUCAUCCAUUCAGGAGGUUUGUAAUGGUUGCACGCAAACAUUAAACUAGCUGCAUGUUUGAGGCCCCUCAUUCAGCUGAUCAGUCAUCCACAGCUAUUAUUUCGUCUUUGUUUGCAUCUGUGUUCAUCAUUCUUUCUCGGAAUCUUUCAAAGUAAAGUCAAAAUUGUAAUGAUGCAGCUGGGCGCACAUUGUUCUGCUAGGGUUCUAAAGUUUUUUUUUUUUUUUUUUCUUUGUGUACUCUGGUUCAUUUGCAGCUACUGCAAAGAGGCUGCAUGCAUGUUGCUUGAUGAACUGCCCUAGCAUGGUUGCUGGAAGCAUUUCCUAUGCCUGUACUAAACUUACUGUCCUUCAGGGAGGCAUAUGGAGCGUGAGCACUGUACAGCAUCUUUUUACUGUGUGUCAUAGCUGUUGACCUGCAAUAUUUGCAUCCUGUCAAACUUCCAGUGCAUUUGAAACAAUGCUGGCUUACAGCAAAUACAUUCACGUAGAGUCUGGUAACCUGUGAUCUCACGGUGUGUUAACUGAGCAGAAUUGCAUAACUGCACUGACAGUACAACUGCUUUUGUUGUCUGGAGGAAAGCAGAGAAGUUCUUUGAACAGUCUGCCAGCUCUUCAUGAGUGUCAGAGGGCUUGUAGUGCAGAUUGCAACUCCGUGUGAAACUGGAGCUGCCUUGUAACUAUCAUCCAAAUGCUGCCGGUGUGCACUACUGAAGUUUCAAACCAUGCAAUCUGCCAAAUUUAAGUCCAUAUUUCAUGCCUACAUCUGGGGAUAAAAAUAAGUAUUGCAUGGCAUUUGGGAGGUCACGACGAAUAAGCUUUAAUGUAGCUAGAUUUUUCGUGCAAGUAUAGCGCCAGGUUGAAGUGCCAAAUCUUGGUUAGCUGUGUCAGUACUAUUAAAAUCACUGGCAAGGGUUCCUAGCCCGCUGUAUGCAAACAGUCCCAUCAUAUCUUCCAUGUUCAUGUGGGUCUGCCUAGGUGGCAGGCAUGCAGGAAUUCACUUGACUGCUUGUGAAGUGGGUGAUAUUGUUCAGACAUGGGCGACCAUUACAGGGUGCUCUCGCCAUUAUGUUUGUCGUGGCUGCUCAUGGUUCAGUAAUGGUGCUGUGAUUUUUCAUGGUUAAUGCUCGCACAGCAUGUCUUAGAAAUUAUUUUCUUUGUGCAUGUUCCUGUCUUUGCAUUUCAAUGUGCAUUCCAGUACAUAAUGUAGUUUCCCUUUCCAUGUUGUCGUUUCCUUUUCUGGUAUUUAGCAGCUUGCUCAUGUCUCACCACAUUUAUUUCAGUGCAGUACCAGGCACACAACGGCACCAGUUUUCAAUUGCACAUGUUUCUAAGAAUGUUGCUCUUUCGCUGCUGUAAUGUCUAAACACUGUUUAAGAUGAUCAAAAUAUUUUAUUUUCAUAAGAUGUUUCUUCAUUCUUCCUCCUGCAAUAUUUCUUCAUGUUCAUUCUUUUAUAAUAUAUGUGCUUCAAAGGUGUCCAUUAUGCAUGUGGUGCAAUCUCUUGCAAACCUUUUAUGCUUGCUUGAAGUUAACUGCUUUCCUUUGGUUGACAUCUGCCAUCCAUAAAUAUUCUACAUGGACACUCACAGCCAAAAUUGUUCAUUCAUGACCACACACCCCUUGUGAUUCUUACGCACAUAUGUAUUGAUAAAGAUCAAACUUGCACUUAGGGGCACUUUAGAAUGCAGCUUUUAUAUUCUCAUUGAUUAUAAACAUCAAAGUAAAAAUGUUUUUUGUGUCAUUCCCACUGCGAAUCAAGAGAAGAUAACAAAAUGUCAUGUGGGUUUAAUUGUGUGUGAAAGACCCUGAACCUUCUGUGUGAAGCAAUGAUGUUUUCUUGUGUGCCAGACUGACUGGCAGUCUGUGGAAGUUUUUAUCAUUGAUUGAUGCUCCAUCUUUACCCAAUUUUUGCUGCUGCCAACAGGGCAUCAUUCAUUUUGUAGAUGAACAAUAGCAGAUGUGAACAUGUAGUGCAUGAAAUGGUAGCUUGAAAAAUAGUUCGACGGCCUUGUUAUAGUCUUCCAAAUCAAGAAUGCAAAUCAUUCUGCUGUUCUCUCUUUAAAUAUUUUUUUAAUCUUGUUUAAUUUUCAUGAAACAAUACUCUUUUUUUAUAAACAAUAUUCUUGUCGGUAUUGUUUUCUGAAACUUGCUUUCUUGUAAAACUAGCUUCAUGUGUUGCACAACUUGCUGGUGUAUUGUGCCCAUUUAUGUUCCUGCUGUUGUGUCAUAAGAAGAGUGUGGUUGCUUAUGAUGCUAGCUUCAUGUGAAACCUGUGUAAGUGGGCAUUGUAACAUGCCUCACAUGCGAGGUAGUUGUGAUGUUAUGGAACCAGUGCCUUCUACUCAAUCAUUUUGGUAGAUGCAAGUGUAAUGUGAAUAAGGAAUAGAAAUGUAAGAGAAUUCCUAAGCAGCCAUUUGCAGUAUUUACUUGGAAUGCCUUGUGGUUUGGCCAGCGAAAAUAGUAUGAAAUGUGUGCUAAUUGCCAAGUUGUCAUGGAAACUGGCUUAUUGAGCACUGACUGAUGCUCCAUCUUUGCCCAAUUGCUCCCUUUGUGUUCGACAUUGCAUGUGUAGGUGGCUGCUGUGAAAGAAACGAUGGAGCUUUUAAAUAAUUUUGCUCAUCUGCUGGUAACCAGUCUUCAGAGCAUUUUUAUAGUGUGUCUAGGUUACUUUACUUUGCUGUUGUCCACUGUAUUGUGCGAACAAACUUAGUUGUGGUUGGUCACCAUUGCUGCAUAAGACCUGUUUAGAGAUCAACUUAUUCUUUACAGAAUGCUUCAUUGUUGGUCACGUUGUAUGUCCUCCACCAUACUAGACAUUCAUGAAGUCCCCGAGAAUUUACUGUAGUUAGGAUGUCCUGGCAUGUUUCAAUUUUGCCAAGCAGGAAAUUUGUUACUCAUUGUCCUACUGCUUGAAUUGAUGCCUUGGCAUUUUUGUGUGCUUUUCAGAGUACGUGUUGGCAACUUUUUUUUUUUUUUUCUUAGGAAAUCUACACUUCUGAUUUUCUAAUUACUUUUUGUCAGCUUCUUUUGCUUCAGAUUUUGUUUGCAAGGUUUUCAACUAGCGAAUUAGGUGUAUUGUCACUUUAAAGGUGUCAGGAUGCUGUUCUUACACUGUAUUUUGCCACUACAGUGUUCCAAAUAAUGAGGUCUAUAAUAAAGGUUACAAAUUUGUCUCUUUCUGCAUGUUCGUAGCCCAACUUCAUCUGAUUAUGUUUACAUCAAAAGUUGAUUGAGAGUGAUGCAGUGGUAGUUUCUAUGCUGAUGGUUAGAGACCAUACUUACACCUCUGGCAUGACUUAUGCUCACAAAAUUGCUUUGAUGCAGAUUACGAGCAAUGCCAGUGGAGUUUGUAGGCGGCUGGUACUGGUAGAUGUGUAAUGGCUGUGAUGAGGGCCCAAACAAAGCACCUCAGCCUUCGUUGCAUUGUUGUGCUCAUACUGAUGCCAGGUCAAUAAAGUUUUCAUUGCUGGUUGA